AUGGCUCCUGCAGGCGGAAAACAAGCUCGUGUUUACCGCUUCAAUGAGUAUGGCGGACCCGAAAAGCUACAGCUGAAGGAGGAGGAGGUUCCUUACCCCUCUGCCGGGCAUGUCCGCGUUCGGGUCGAGGCAAUGAGCCUGAACAACGCCGACUCUUUGUUUCUUGCCAACCAGUACCUCGAGCCGCCAGCCUUACCUUCGAAGAUCGGCUACGAGAUUGCCGGGACUGUGGAUGCCAUCGGCGAAGGUGUCAAACAAUUCAGUGUUGGGGACCGCGUCAGUGCGAUCCCCGCCUUCUCAGUAGCAGAAUACGCCAACUUUGCGGAGCUCACUGUGCUGCCGGAACGCGCCCUCAUGCAUACACCGAGGAAUCUCGACAAGAUCCAGGCCGCCAGUUUCACCUUUGCCUACUUCACCAACUACUACGGCCUCUUCGACCUGGGUCAGUUGAAGCCCUUUCAAACGGUCUUGAUUACCGCUGCGAGCAGUACAACCGGUCUCGCUGCCAUCAGUAUGGUUCGCGCGGCCGGCUCCACUGUCAUAGCGACGUCCCGCUCGAGCGCAAAAGCGGACGCGCUCAAGAAGGCCGGAGCGAACUACGUGAUCGCGACCGCCGAGGAAGAUCUUGUCGAGCGCGUGCAUGCAAUCACUGGAGGGAAGGGAGUUGACAUCGCAUACGACUGUAUCGCUGGUCCGAUGAGCGAGGCAAUAGUAAACUGCGUGCGUCAGUUUGGGCACUGGGUCGUUUAUGGUGCCAUGGAUUCGUCGCCGGUUCCCUUUCCUGUGCUUCAGCUCAUGGUCAAGACAGUCAAGCUGGAUACGUUCAUGGUGUUCGACUUCACGGGCCAUCCGGGCCUGAAUAUACCAGCCAAUGAUCAGGCGCUGGCGAGGGCUAUGGAAUAUGUCUCGCGCGGAAUUGAGAGUGGGGCCUUGCCGAUUGUUGUCGACAAGGUCUUUGAAGGUUUGGAGGGCCUUCCAGAUGCGUUGAGGCGUCAGCAGAAGGGCACCGGAACGGGAAAGAUUGUAGUUGAGCUGUGA